AUGAUUUUAAGAUAUACGGAAGCUAUAUGUAGUUUUCUUGCUGCACGGACAACUGAACUGGAGACUGCUACUUAUCCUGCCUUGGAUGAGCUUACUGCCAAGAUUAGUUCCCGCAACUUGGACAGAGUUCGUAAGUUGAAGAGUGCAAUGACCAGGUUGACUGCGAGGGUUCAAAAGGUAAGAGAUGAGCUCGAACAAUUACUGGACGACGACGAUGAUAUGGCAGACCUUUACUUGUCAAGAAAGAUGAGCUCAUCUUCUCCUGUAAGUGGUUCUGGUCCUGCCAAUUGGUUUCCCGCCUCUCCUACCAUUGGUUCAAAGAUCUCGAGAGCAAGCAGAGCAAGUGUUGCAACUGUACGUGGGGACGAGGAUGACAUCGAGGAACUUGAAAUGCUGCUGGAGGCUUACUUUAUGCAAAUUGAUGGUACAUUGAACAAAUUAACUACACUGCGAGAAUAUAUUGAUGACACAGAAGAUUAUAUUAAUAUCCAGGUAACAAAAAACGCAAGAUUCUUGUUUAUUAAAAGUUCUUAAAUUUUGCUGGCUCUCUUGAUCUGCAGUUGG